GUCGCAUUCUCUUUGAGCCACUGUUUACCUGACGCAAAGUAAUCACGUUGUAACUGGCCUUUCCCGCUAUCUUACCAAUACAAAAACAGCAGUCAGUAACUGAAAUAGCAAUUAAAGGACGCAGCAAGUUGGCACGUCUUAUCUGCACCUUGGGGUCAGGGGGUGGGCAUCUCAUUAUAAUAAUUAUCGUGUGGAUAGCGGAUCCGCGAUGAAGCAGGUUGCCGGCGAGCGAGUGACUCAUCCCUGCAAUCGUGAUACCGCUCACGUUCGUCGCCACUCGCCACAUCACUACCUACCUUGCUGCUUCUCACAGACAUGUUACUUGCAUAAAAUACUCUUCGGCGGACCUGUUCUCCGUGUUAUAUAACAUUAUCAAAUUGAAACAAGUGAUGAUUGAAGACUACAAAAAAUCCAAAGAACACUUUUCCGUUCGUUGAAAACUUAAUUAAAUUGAUGUCAUGAUUUUCAUAUAAGCAUUUAAUUAAAUGAUAAGAAAGUAAGCAAUUGCAUUGAACAAUUUCUUUAAAAAGGAAUAUGUAUGUAAGAUUGACUUUGUGGUUACUUUGCGUUGUUUUUAGUGUUGAGGCACAGGACUAUGGACCUAUAGAGCCGCUAAAUUAUCGUCUUAACCCCGCACCAGAUGGCCACAGGUGCGGCGUUUGUCCCACGUAUUUCCAAAAGAUCUGCGCGUUCGACUUCAAAUCGAAUUCGACGUUUAUAUUCGACAAUCACUGCAUAAUGGACUUGUACAAUUGCAUGGAAUCCAGCGCAUUUACCCCGAUUAAAUACGAAAAAUGUUUGUACUUCGGUAACUUCGCUUACGUUCAUGGAUACAAAUACGAAGAUAUGGAUUACGGCGAGGAUCAUAUUACGGUGUAUCACUCAAAAAAGAACCCAGAUUUUGUAUGACACAAUUGUAUUUUUAUAUCAAUAAUUUAUGUAAUACAUGUUAGAGAAAAUUAAACCUAGUAUACAUACAACGUAAAGUUGAAUCUGAAUCUAUUUUUUUUUGUUAUCAUCUCUGUAUGGAGAAAGAUACACACACAAGUAUGUCAGCCUAAAAUUAUUCAUUUUGUUUAGCUUAACUAUUGAACCUAUUAGAGUUGUUCAUAAUGAUUACUUAUUACAAAUUGUUAUUGCUUAGGGAACAGAUUAAAUAUGUAAAUAUUAAUUAUCGGUCGAUACAUUUGUGUUACUAUUAUUCUUUACAUUGGCUGCUAAUUAUUAUCAAACAUGUAGAUAAAUACCUAAUUGCACGGAGUUAGACAUUGACAUGCAGUUAACUUAUCAGACAAAAAAUAAUUAAGAAAUAUUGUAUUCAGCAGGACAGGUAAAGUUUAAAAAGAUGAAUAUACUUUAUAAACAUUAAUUAGUUCAAAUUAACACAUAAAAUUACUUUUCACAUAAAAUUUUUCUCUUCCCCAAAGUCGAUAUGCAAUAUUUAUAGCCGGGUACUGGACCUCUCUAGUAAAAGAAUCACUGGUUAACAACACAUUUCCAAGUUGCCAUUAUAAAAAAAAUAAAAGUUAUCAAAGUAUGUAAGUAACACACCAUAUCAUGUUUAUCAAACUAUGCAGCACUUUAUGUCUAUGGUAUUGAUAUAAUAUUGCUUGGUAAAUUAAAAGUCCAGUUCAUCCAGUAACGUGCAGUUGCACAACUAAGGCUGUCUUCACACCAACCUAUUGGGUCCACGAUGAGGUACCGUAGUCCGCGUCGGUCGGUGUGAGGCCAGCCUAAGUGAGGAACAUGGGCUAUGUGACGCCCAUAUGUCCGAGCCUCUUGUAGUCAAUCUUAUCAAGUUGAACGAGGGGACGUAGCUGGUCUGCGAAUGCUCGCAUAUCCUCUGCAAUCGCGUCUUGCCCUUGAGGCGCCAGCAC